AUGAUCAUUUUCGCAACCUGCGUGGCCGCCGCACUCGCCGACUACGCCGCCCCGGCUUACCCAGCACACCACGCUUAUGCAGCUGAACACUCAGCCCCGACCCCAUACAACUUCGAGUACAGCGUAAAUGACCCACACACCUACGACGUCAAGAGCCAAUCCGAACACAGCGACGGACACGGAAACGUCAAGGGAUCGUACAGCCUUUUGGAAGCCGACGGUUCCACCCGCGUCGUCGAAUACACCGCCGAUGACCACAGCGGAUUCAACGCUGAAGUCAAGAAAAUCGAAGGACACGGACACGGUUACAGCGCACCCGCUUACAAAUCCGCCCCGGCCUACAAAUCCGCACCUGCUUCAUACGCCGGACACUCAUACGCCGCCCCAGCUCAAUCUUAUGCCGCCCCAGCCGCAUACGCCGGACACUCUUACUCUGCCCCGGCUGCAUAUGCUGGACACUCUUACGCUGCCCCGGCUGCAUACGCUGGACACUCUUACGCUGCCCCGGCUGCAUACGCUGGACACUCUUACGCUGCCCCAGCUGCAUACGCUGGACACUCUUACGCUGCCCCAGCUCACUCUUACGCCGCCCCAGCUCACUCUUACGCCGCCCCAGCUCACUCUUACGCCGCCCCAGCUCACUCUUACGCCGCCCCAGCUCACUCUUACGCCGCUCCAGCUCAUUCUUACGCCGCCCCAGCUUAUAAACCAGCUGCAUACAAGGCUUACUAA